UUGUAUCAUUUUUUAACGAACGUCCACGAGGAUCACUUUGCCAACCAAAAUCACGUAACGUUGCUAUAUGCCAAUCACUGCGCAUCAACUUCUGGAGACAGUGUGUUUUCUACAAGAGAUUUCCGCGCUGAUAAAAGACUGCUUUGUUGUUUCGAAAACGAUUCUUCAUUUAGUAAGCUCGAAAACACAAACAAAUCCAAUAUAAUGGAGUGCGUAAAAAUGUUAAAUCGUGAUAUCGCUAAACUUCAUCGCCGUAACAUUUUAAUCACGGUGUUAUGGCUUCGCACAGAAGAAACCUUAGAACAACUAAGCAAGGACUAUUCAGAAGUAACACUAACGAGAAAUGAACGUUUAGUGGUGAGCAGACUAGGUGGACUUAAUGAAGGCGAAUUUCAGGAACACAUUGAUAAUGAACUCCAUACACUGACGAAGAUUAAGAAUCCAAAAGUGUUUAACGAAAUAAUUAAGGAAAAUCUCAUAACAAUUUCCUAUUCCGAGCACUUCUCUUGGACGGAAAUCUUCGAGUUCCUAUUAAGGUUACGAUUCAAAUUAUAUACUAACAAAUGGCAAACUAAGAAGACGGAUUACAACCCCAUCCAUUAUAAUCAUCUAGGUCUAAAUAACUACGGCAGUCGCGAGGUUGUUAUACGAGCUUGGAAGGUUAUGUUGGUAUGCAAAUUACAACACCAAACGCCUCAAUAA